AUGCAGUACAUAUUAGUGAGCUUUUUGAUAUUUUACACAUAUUCAUCUCAUUUAAGCGAAAUUGUAUGUGGCCAAACGUUUAGUGUUCUUGAUUACGAUGCUGUUGGAGAUGGAGACACUGAUGAUUCACAGGCAUUUGUAAGAGCAUGGGAAGCUGUUUGUGGAGCUGAAACUUACGAUGUACCAACACUUCAAAUACCGGAGGAGAAAACGUUCUUAUUGCAGCCUACGAAAUUUAAAGGUCCUUGCAAAUCAAAUAGGGUUCAUGUUCAGGUGUUGGGGAAGCUGGUGGCACCCGAAACACCGGAAGCUUGGAAAGAGUGUGAAACCGAUGUCUGGCUCACGUUUACGGAUGUGCACAAUCUCACUGUCAAUGGUUCGGGACAAAUCGACGGCCGGGGUUCAUCUUGGUGGAGCAAGGCUGAACACCAAAGGCUGUACAUAGAUGAAAAACAUAAGAAUGAUGAUGAGGUGGUGAAGUGCCAUCGACCAAAGGCUCUACACUUCCAAGGAUGUCAUAACCUUCUACUGACUGGACUCACUCAUGUCAAUAGUCCAAAAGCUCAUAUUAGUAUAAGCAACUGCAGAUAUGUAUAUGUCGCCAAUCUCACUAUAACUGCACCUGAAGAUAGUCCAAACACCGAUGGAAUUGACAUCUCAAACUCGAACUAUGUCAAUAUUCAUUCCUCUUAUAUUGGAACUGGUGAUGAUUGUAUCGCUAUCAACUCUGGAUGUUCUAAUCUCAACAUUACCACCAUCAAGUGUGGCCCAGGUCAUGGAAUUAGUGUGGGAAGCUUGGGACAAGAUGGGGCUUAUGCGACGGUGGAAAAUGUAUACGUGAAAAAUUGCAGUUUCAGUGGAACUCAAAAUGGAGUAAGAAUCAAGACAUGGCAGGGAGGGUCUGGGUACGCCAAGAAUAUAACAUUUGAGAAAAUCAGACUUCAUGCUGCUAAGAACUCAAUUAUCAUCGACCAAUAUUAUUGUAACGGAGGUCAUGGUUGCAAAAACAAGAGCUCAGCUGUAGAGAUAAGUGAUGUGAGGUACAUGGAUAUCAAAGGUACUUCAGCGAAGGAGGAUGCGAUAAUAUUCAACUGCAAUCAGUUUUCCGGCUGUCGCAACAUCGUAAUGGACAACAUCAACAUCACCUCAGAUGUUCCCGGAGAGGAGCUAUAUGCCUCAUGCUACAACAUCAAUGGAACUUCUAACAGCACCUUGCCCUGUGUAACUUGCCUGUCCAAUAGUACAUCCUCAGCACCGUACCCAGCUCCUCCGCCCUUAGCACCGUACGCAGCUCCUCAGGCGCUCUUAGCACCGUACUCGCCUCUGAUCUAA